AUGAAUUCUGCCAUUGACAGCGAGGCGACCUUCACGGCCCGGGCCCUCGAGCUUGGCAUGGAGAAGGACUUCUUAGACUUGUUGACCAAGGCCAAUGUGAAGUCCCUGGGUGCGCUGGCUUUCGUCAGCCCGUACCAGAUCGGCCAAGCUGAUGAGAAGCCCCUGAUCGAUGCUGUCCGGGAGCUCAUCCGGCGGGAUGUCACUGCGCGGGAGCUCAUCCCGCUUCGACGCUUGUGGUUCGAGGCUAGCACAACCGUCCUGGGUGAGCUCAAGCAAAAGGUUGAGGGUCAGGACUCGGCUGAGCCUAUUCGCCUGACCAUAGCCGAGAGGACCACGAGGCUGGAGGAGCAGAAGAAGCGUCUCGUGGGGGUUUGCAUCACGAGUGAGUCCGAACCGUCUCAUCGCCUCGUGGACCUUGUCUUCCAGCAGGGCGCUGAUCAGCAGCUUUCUUGGAUCCCCUGGGAGCGUCUGACUAGCAGGGCUCAUGAGGUCACCCACUCUCGUAGUGACCUCGGGCUUCAAUUCGAUGCAGCUGGAAAUCUCCGCCUCACCAAGAAGAUGCAGGAGAGCUCUUGCGAGCCGCUCAACUUUCGCAGUCCUGCAUACCAAGCAGGAGUACCGCACCCCUUUGAUGCAUCUGACUCCAUAGACGACCAGGUCAAGAGAAACAUUUUUGAACUGUUUACUGGUGGCUUCAUGCCUUCGGCCAGGAAGAGGCUGUCUAUGCAGAAACGUUUGGCCGCCAUGAAAAAGGAGCUGGCGGUGGAGGAGCGGCGCUACCAGGCUUCGCUUCCUCCACAUGCCCAGGCGGUCCUAAAGGGCAAGAACAUCCUUCUUUGGCGUAAGCUGCUCGUGGAGACAGGCUUCCCCGACCUGGACGCCCAGGAGCUUAUGGAGGGGGUCCCCCUGAUAGGAAGGCCAACGAAGUCGCUGCUCUACGACUGGAAAGAGAUCCCCGCAACUUGCACAAGGGAGGACCUCCUCGCUUCCUCAGUUUGGCGGAACAAGAUGCUUUCGGGAAAAGGGGCUGUGGGGGAUGAUGCUGAUCUCCUACACAAGGUCUGGCUGGCCACUGAGAAGGAGGUGGAGAAAGGCUACCUCAUUGGCCCCUACGAGUCCCUCGAAGACGUCAAGGCAACCCUGGGCGCAGAGGAGGUUUGCUGCAGCAGGCGUUUUGGUGUCCGCCAGGGCUCCGGGGAUUCUGAGAAAUGCAGGCCCAUAGAUGACUACAAAGAAAGCGGGGUUAACACGGCCUACCAUGCUGUGGACCUACUUCAGUUGCAUGACGUUGACUACCUGGUCAACCUCUGCUGUUUCGUGGCAAACGCUGCUCAUGACGACGGCUUCAUCAGGGUAGGGCUGUCGGAUGGCUCGAUGCUCGUGGGGCGUACGCGUGGUGAUCUCCUGGGGGGGGUCAAGUGGCUGGGGCGUUGCUUGGACUUGGAAAAGGCCUAUAAGCAGAUCCCGGUUUUGGCCAAAGACCUCGUCUUCGCAGUCUUGAUGGUUUGGGAACCCGGGUCGGGCUCGUGGAGAUACUUCAUCUCCCGGAGCCUCCCCUUCGGAUGCUGCGCGGCAGUUUACGGUUUCAAUAGGGUUUCUAGGUCGUUGCUGCACCUGGCCCUGCAUCUCGCCGGCAUGAUCGGCGGGGUCUAUUUUGACGACUUCCCUUUGCUUGAGCCGGCCCCCACUGCAAGGAUGGGCUCCCUCGCCAUCGAGUGCCUUCUGGACGCCCUGGGUUGGUCGUACGCAGUGGGUGAUGACAAGGGCCGCCCCUUUGAAGAGACCUUCGACCUGCUUGGUAUGCGACUCAGUGUCGGGGGGCUUCUCGCUGGUCAGGUGGCCUUGGCAAACAAACCUAGCCGUGUUGAGAAGAUCCGAGCCCAGGCUUCAGGGAUGGCAUCCUCAGGCUGCGUCACUCGCAGGGAAGCAGCCUCCCUGCACGGCCAACUGAACUUCAUGGUGGGCUUCGCGGCUGGACGAGCCAUGAAGAUAGCCUGCAGGGCCCUGGCCAACAUCUGCUACAUGAACCGCUCUCCCUCCGUGGAAGAAGUGAAGUCGCUGGGGCGUUUCAUCCUGAAGACGCUCUCUGAUGCACGUCCGAGGACCUUCUCACUCCGGGCGCAGGGGAGCCCGGUCUCCAUCUUCACUGACGCGUCCUAUGAGAAGGGCGUCGCCCGCUGGGGGAUAGUUCUGCUGGACCAGAGUUCCGAUAGAAGAUGGGUGGCAGCAGGUGAGAUCUCGCCUAAGCUUGUAGACUUCUGGCUGGCAGAGGGCAUCGAGCAGGUCAUCUCUCAGGCGGAGGCCUUCGCGCUGGUUCUCUCGAGGCGGGCCUGUGCCUCGGAACUGGCCGGGAAGAGGUGCAUCUUUUACGUGGACAAUGACGCCGCCAGGUACACUUGCAUUAAGGCCAGCAGCCCCUCUCGUUCUCUACUGAGCUUGGCAUGCCUCUUCUACGCCAGCGAGUCGGCUGAUGGCGUCGUGUCUUGGAUUGAGCGCGUUCCUUCUGCAAGCAACGUGGCCGACCUCCCUAGCAGGGGGGAAGCUGCGUUGGCAGCACAGAUGAUUGGAGGUCAGGUCGUCGACUUCUCUCAGGCUGCGCAGCUUCUAGCAGAUGAGUGCAUGGACCUGAGCGACCUUCCCUGGGACCUCCUCUCGUCCUCGAGCGGAAACCUUUGGACACUGCCCUUCCUUUGA